CUUUGUACUCCAUUUAUUCCCAGAACUGUGCUAGCUGUUGCUUGUUAAGGUGAAAGUGGAGGGGAGCAGGACUAUCAGCCGAGAAAUGCAAUAAAUGUAACAGUUGCUAAGAGGCAACUCGGAGACAUUAGGACAUGGCAGAUAGUUCACCAGAUCUGAGGAUUGGAGUAGUGGGAUUUGGAUUUCUAGGGCAGUAUCUGGUGGGCAGGAUCUUAAAAGACGGACCAAGUCUUGGUCUAAAUCUGGCUUUUGUGUGGAACAGGAAUUCAGACAGGCUCAAAGGUUUAGUUCCAGCUGAAUUCGUUCUCAGCAAUCUAUCGUCCUUUCCCGACAGGAAGAGUGAUGUGAUUGUGGAAGUCUGUCAUCCACAGAUAGUCAAAGAGUACGGAUGUAGUUUCCUGUCCCACUCUCAUUUCAUGGUGGGCUCUCCAUCUGCUCUGUCUGAUUCUGAUUUGAACCAAAAGCUGCGACGGGCAGCUUUGCAAUAUGGGAAAACACUGUAUGUUCCUAGUGGUGCAUUAUGGGGAGGGCAAGACAUCCAGAGGCUCAAUGACAGUGGGGCGUUGAAGGCUUUGUUCAUCAGAAUGUCCAAGCAUCCAUCCUGCUUCCGGCUGACAGGAGACAAACUCACAACCUGGAUGGAAGAAGAGGGCAGGCGGGUUUUAUUCAGAGGCUCGGUGGCGGAGUUGUGCCCUCUUGCCCCCAACAACGUCAACACCAUGGCAGCAGCUGCAGUGGCAGCGGGAACACUCGGCUUUGAGGGUGUUCUGGGAGAGAUUGUAUCUGACACGACGUUAAAAGACUACCAUGUGGUAGAGGUGGAGGUGACUGGCCCUGAUGGUUUUUCAGUGAGAACUGUGAGGAAGAAUCCAGCUAAACCUGGAGCCGUUACUGGCAGCGCGACAUACGACUCCUUCUGGAACAGUUUGCUUAUUUGCAAAGGUCACGGGGGCAGAGUUUACCUGUGCUGAUCCUUGAGACUACGGAAGAUUACGUACAACACAGGAGGGGGAUCCUCUACCGAAUUCCUGAAAAAUGAAAUGGUUCACAGUGGAUCUGCUGGUGAAUCACAGCAUCACCGUGUUACUGAACAUUUGCAAAAAAAGUGUUUAAACUACCGUUUCAAUAAAAUACAUAUUUUUAGAAAAA